AUGCAAUGAAUUGAAGAUCCAAGUUUGCCAUCGCGAGAGAGUCCCCAAUUUGGCAGCGACGACCCCAAAAACACGAAAACAAAUCUGAGAGCGAAUUCGAGAGAGAGAGAGAGAGUGAGAGAGAAAGAGAAGCGCUGUUAAUGGCGGAAGGGAAGGAAGAGAGUAAAUCUAGCGAAGAAAGUGUAAAACUGUUCGUAGGGCAAGUGCCGAAGCACAUGACGGAAUCGGAACUGCUUGCAAUGUUCAAGGAGUUCGCACUCGUCGACGAAGUCAACAUCAUCAAGGACAAAGCCACACGCGCUUCACGAGGUUGUUGCUUUGUGAUUUGUCCAUCCAGGGAAGAGGCUGAUAAGGCCGUCAAUGCGUGUCAUAAUAGGAAAACUUUACCAGGGGCAUCUAGUCCAUUGCAAGUGAAGUAUGCAGAUGGCGAGUUGGAAAGAUUAGAACACAAACUCUUCAUUGGCAUGCUUCCAAAGAAUGUUUCUGAAGUUGAAGUAUCUGCACUUUUCUCCAAGUAUGGAACUAUAAAGGAUUUGCAGAUUUUAAGAGGUUGUGCAUUUUUAAAGUAUGAAACCAAAGAACAGGCUCUUGCUGCCUUGGAGGCAAUCAAUGGAAAGCAUAAAAUGGAGGGUUCAAGUGUUCCCUUAGUUGUCAAAUGGGCUGAUACUGAGAAGGAAAGGCAAGCUCGAAGAGCACAGAAAGCACAGUCCCAAGCUUCUAAUGUACCACAUACUGAUUCCCAGCACCCGUCAUUGUUUGGAGCCUUACCUAUGAGUUAUGUUCCUCCGUAUAAUGGAUAUGGUUAUCAGGCUCCUGGAGGUUAUGGGAUCAUGCCAUACCGCUUGCCACCAAUGCAGAAUCAACCUGGUUUCCAUAAUAUGAUGCCUCACAUGAACCAAGGAAAUGCAAUGCGGCCUGAUCUUGGCCCCAAUAUGAACCCUAGAAAUUAUCAUAUGCCUCCUGCAAGUUACGUUAGCUCUUAUCCUACUGUCCCGGGUCUACAACAUCCAAUGGCAUAUCCUGCAGGAAUGAUUAGUCCAAGGCCUAUGAAUAGUUCUCCUGGUUCUGUUUCACCUGCUGGUGGAAAUAACAACUCUGCUGCAUCUUCAGGCGCCAGCAAAAAUUCUGGGGGUCAGGUUGAAGGUUGUUAUCUAUAUCUUAUACGUGCUUGGGUGUAAAUGAUUCCAUUCAUUUAUGCAUGUUGAUACAUGUAUUUCUAUAUUUUAUCAUCACUCUUUCCACACAGCAAGAAAGGUUACUUGAUGAUAAUUCUAUUUCUAAUUAUUUUAUGUUCUGACUUAGGACCACCUGGUGCCAAUCUAUUUAUUUAUCACAUACCUCAAGAAUUUGGGGAUCAAGAACUUGCGAAUGCUUUUCAACCAUUUGGUAGAGUUUUGAGUGCUAAAGUUUUUGUUGAUAAAGCAACCGGUGUUAGCAAAUGUUUUGGUAAGCCUAUGCUCCAUUUGUUAAUGAAUUUGGUGGGUUUUGUGUGGAGCUUGUGUUUGAUGAGCUCCAGUAUGCAGGGUUUGUUAGUUAUGAUUCCCCAGAGGCUGCUCAAUCUGCCAUCAGUAUGAUGAAUGGAUGCCAAUUAGGAGGUAAGAAAUUAAAGGUCCAGCUUAAGAGGGAUAACAAACAGGGUAAACCUUACUGAGGAAGCUGAACAAUGGAAUUUUGUAUAAUUCACAUUGUAAUUCAUGAUCCCUCUGAUGUUAAUACAAUUUGUAAUUUCUGUAACAUGAAAGUUCAUUUAGACAUUGAUUAUUAAUUUAUUGAUUUUUCC